CUUCCUCAUCUCAUCCAUCUUGGCAUGUAUCUUCCACAUGGUCGGAGUUGGCGGGCGAUCCAAAGCGUGCGAUAACUGCAAAACUCGUCGAGUCAAAUGUGAUCUUCGAAAGCCACAGUGCGGAAGGUGCGUAACAGCGCGACUACGAUGUGGUGGCCCUCGCGGGAUCACGUUCAUACAAUUCGAUGGCCAAGGCCAGUCUGCCCAGCCUGAGCAUCGCGAUUCCGCGGGGUGCUCAGCUGUCGAAAUCGGCACCAGGACGCCAAGGACUGCUGAUCAGCCUCGUCUGGAGAUUCAUGGAGCACUGUCGCUUUCUCGCGAUGAUGUCUUCACCGCGUUCACCCUCUCAAAUUUGUUGCCGGUGCAAAGCCUGUUGGCGUUCAAUCCUGGGGUCAUUACGAUCAAGUCCCUUUCUGCGCUUGCGACUUCUUACUUCGGCAUCAAGCAUCAGGAUAGCGCUAUCACGCAGUAUGGAUUCAAGAGGUACAGCGACGCACUUAAAAUUGUGCAUUCGGCUCUCGAGGUUUCGGCGUCUCCGCCUUCCUUUGAUCUGCUUGAGGCGGUCAUGAUCAUGGCACUUAUCGAGUUCCUCAUCUCGGAUCGUAUCGAUGGUUGGAUAAACCAUGCACGUGGGUUAGAAAGGCUCUUCGAAUUGCGCGGACCUGAAGCUAUGGUAUCACCCCCGUGUCUUGAGGUCUUGGACAGGACACGCCCGUCUCUUAUCUUCGCAGCUAUUGUCUUGCACGAGCCAACAAUAAUGUCGGAGAACAGGUGGAAACACAUCCCCUGGAGCUUACACCCUGAGCACAUCGACUCGCUCAAGCUCUUGUUCGACAUUGUCGCUGAUUACCCUCAACUCUUCAUUCUGCGUGAUGAGCUUUUGUCAGUUGCGGAUGAAGACACAAGGGUUGCUGGGACACGAAGUCUCUCUCUACAAUGUCAUGAGGUCAUCACCAAACUGGAGAACUGGGGAGAGACUUUUGCGUCUGAUCCGUUUCACACCCCUUGCGAGACACCCGCAUGUCAACCGACACCGCUCAUCGAAGACGAGUAUGGCGCGCUACAUCCAGCCUGGUCUACUACCUUCCGAUACCAAUCACUUUAUCAUGCGAACGCUAUCACAAUCUACAACGCCGCUAUCAUAAUGGCCCUCCGUUUCGCCGACAGUAUCGAUGCUGAGUUGAUGUCAUAUUCAGAUUGGCAUAUCCGACAGGAACAAAUAUCGACAGCGGCACUCAGCAUAUGUCGUAGCGUCGAGUACCAUCAGCUAGAGGACUGGGGCGAACAGGGCUGUUUUGCACUACUCUUUCCUCUGCGCAUGGCAUAUGAUGGCAUGAGCGAGAAGGAGCCGACAGUAGCAUCAUGGAUAAAAUCUGUCAUGCAAGACAUAUCGGCUGGUAGACGAGGGCUCUGGAGAUCCGCGAAAAGCAUCCUAGAUGUUGGCAAGUGAAGUCACGGUAAAGUAAAAAGGUAGAACAACCGGGUCAUCGCAU